AUGAAAGAGCUUAAGACAAAAAAGCUUUGGGAAAAGGUUGCAGAAAGAAGAGGGGUCAGCAAAUCAUUGGUAGUUAAAUGGAACAAGGACCGGGUAAAACUUCGAAGUCAGCUAGCUCUCAACAAGACAAAGAAGAAAAAAGGCGCAGCCAGUCCUACACGGCAAAGACAACUUGUGUGUGGAAAAGUAAAAGCCAAGAAGUUUCCACUUGCGGCUGAGCGUGUUGUUAUGGAGUUUAAACUCCGAAGAGCAAAAGGAUGCAAGAUUUCAAAACUGUGGUUGAAAAAGAAAAUGAAGGAAAAGGUUGAGGCAUGUUACGGAAAAGAGGCAGCUCAGAAAUUCAAAGCUAGUGACAACUGGUUUCAGAGGUUCAAAAAGUGCCAUAACAUUGCUUUUCGGAGACGAUCGAACAAGAAAAAGUCUGCAGCCAGUGACGGUAAGGAGACAAUUCAGCGUUUCCACAGAAAUCUUAGAACAUCCCUCAAAACAACAAGACGGCGAAAUAAUGCUAAGCUGGAUGGUAAAUAUGGGCGUUGGCUACCCCAAAACAGUGGCCUGGACAAGAGGAAAGCUACUUUGCAGCUUUGCAUUCUGGCAGAGGGUGAACAAAACGUGAAGCCGGGUAUUGUAUUUCGGGGAAAAGGAAAUGUUAGUACAGAAGAGAAAGCUCAAUAUGAUGAGGGGGUUGACGUUUACUUUCAAAGCUGUGCCUGGAUUGACAGUGAUAUUAAUAUGCAAUGGGUAACCAAAACACAUGCUCCAGGCAUUUGCAACUCACCAGAAGAGAAAGUUAUCUUUGCUGAAAAUUUAACAUUCCGACAAGAUAAGAAGUGCCAUAAUACUUGCAAACAUGAACUCAACACACUAUUGUAUAUCUUUUGCCUGAAAACCACACUGACAAGAUACAACCCAUUGAUGCGGUUUGGUAAAAUGCUGAAAACCAAAAUUGGACAGGAGAUGGACAAAUGGCUUGAAGAGAAGGAUAAUUUAGAACUGUGGCACAACAAAAUAACUGCACGACAGAGGAGAAUCCUCAUGACAAAAUGGGCAGGUGCAGCAUGGAGGGUACUGGUGAAGGACAGAUUUUAUCAAGAGGCUUCUUCAGAAAACAGGAUGCUUAAUCACUAUUGA